AUGGUCAACGUGCAAAAUGAGCCUAGUCUGCUCAAGAAAGUCAUAUUUUCGUAUUUCCCCAAUGCCAAACGACCACCAAAUGCUGGUACACGAAAACGAUGGGAAAAGAAGAUCAUGGAAGAUCUUGAGAAGUUUGGUAUUAAGAACUGGAGGCGCGACACACUCAACAGAGACUUGUGGAGAGAUCUGAUCAAUGCACAAGUUCAAUCUAAACCUGUUCAUCCGCAACUGAAACAGCUUGUUAAGAACUACAAAGAUAAAGCGGAUGAACGGAGAGCUAUACAAACACAAAUCGGUCAAGGAAAUCCACCCAAGAAAGUCAUUGAAGUUCUAGUCAAAAAUAUGAACGGUCUGUACACGUGUCCGAAUUGCAACAGAGCCUUCAAACCACAAGAAAUUACCGGACAUGCACGAACAUGUGCAAAGAAGUGGUGUAAAAAGAACAAUAUCAUUGGUUGUAAAUAG